CACCAGCAAGAUUACAAUAGUCAAACAUGUGGAUUCUCACCUGUUCAACAACCAUUAUACCAACACGAAAUGGAAUUUUUAUAUUUUGGAUCAUCUUCUUCUGUCUGAUUUUGUUUUGCAUUGUGCCCUUUCAGCUUGUAGUCGUCACUUCCAGGAUAAAUCAAGUAAAUGGUCUAUCAUCUUUCAUGGCACCACUAUUAUUUUAAUUUCAAACAAAUAAAACCCUUAAACAUUGAGGAAAAAAAACCCUUCUAGACACUAGCCAUCAAAAUAACCUUCAUUGCCACUUAUUUUUUAACAAAUCAAAGACCAACCUUGCUUGACCUUGUAUAACACAAUCACCCCGGCCCCCUCCUCCACCUCCACCACUAGCCCACCAUCACCUUCUCAAUUUUUGGGAUUUAGAGUUUCUUCUUGAAGGCAUAGAAGAAAAAAAUUACAAAAUACAAAAGCAAUGCCCACCUUUACAACAACUACCAUGGCCUCUCGAAACGACAACCUAAAUCUCCAGAAACUCAUACUCAAUCCAUCAACAGGAUCAAGCAUAGUAACAAUUAACGUCGGUGGGCAAAUCUUUCAAACAACAGAUCAAACUCUAACUCUAGCAGGUCCAAGUUCCCUCUUUUCCCAGCUCUCCGAGUUGACUCAUCUCGGUCCCCAUUUCAUAGACCGAGACCCCGAGUUAUUCUCUAUCCUCUUAUCCCUCUUAAGAACCGGAAAUCUCCCUUCAAAGGCCAAGUCUUAUGAUCUCCAAGACCUGAUUGAAGAGUCAAAGUUUUACAAGAUUGAAUCUUUAUUGGUUAAUUCUCUCUCAAACCCAUCUCAAUUCGACCCUUUUAACCUCCAGGAAACCCUAAUCUUGCCCUUGAAUAGCCGGGACACGGCGUCAGCGGUUGCUACGACACCGUAUGGUACCUUGCAUGUGUCUCAUGGUAGCAAGAUCACAUCUUUUGAUUGGUCAUUGCAGAGAAAGUCAACGACUUUGACCCAAUUCACUGCGAUUGAUUCUAUGUUAGCGAUUUCCCCAAACUUGGUGGCUACUGGGGCUACUGACUUCUCGGGGUUGCAAAUUUUGGAUCUUGAGAAAAAGGGUUUUGUCUUGGAGACAUUGAAUUGGGAAAAUGUGACUAAAUCGGGGUCAACAGUACAAGCAAUUGGGUCAUCUAAUGAUAUGUUGUUUACGAGUUUCGAAUCAAGUAGGCGAAACUCGAAUUCGAUUAUGGUUUAUGAUUUAAAGACUUUUUCUCCAGUUACUGAGAUUGGUCAUUAUGAAAUAUUCGGUGCUGAUUUGGAUUCUGCUAUACCAGCCACGAAAUUGAAGUGGGUAGAGAGUUAUAAUGUGGUAAUGGCGGCAGGGUCUCACAGUGGACCGUCAGGCGUGUUAGGGAAUGUGAAGUUCUGGGAUAUAAGGAGUGGAAAUGUGGUUUGGGAAUUCAAGGAAAAAGUUGAUUGUUUUUCCGAUAUUACUGUUUCAGAUAGUUUGUCAUCGAUUUUUAAAGUUGGGGUGAAUUCUGGAGAGGUGUUUAAUGCAGAUUUGAGGAAGUUAGGGAGCGAGGGGCAUGAUUCGUGGGUUUGUUUAGGUGACGAUAGGAAGGUGGGGAAUGUGAGGAAAGAAGGGGUUGGGUGUAAGAUUGAGGCUCAUGGGAAUCAAGUGUUCUGUAGUAAGGGCGGUGAUAUUGAGCUUUGGUCUGAGGUGGUGAUGGGUUCGUUGAGGAAGAGAGAAGAGGGAUUGCCAGAAAGGGUGUUUAGGAAGAAUUUGAUGGGGAGAGUGAAGGACAUGGAAGGCUCAAGGGUUACAAAUUUAGCUUUUGGAGGGAACAAAAUGUUUGUGACGAGGAAGGAUCGGCAGUCCGUUGAGGUUUGGCAAAGUUCUGUCAGGGGAUUUUGAUUUCAAAAAUGGGUUUGACACUUCUGGAUUAAUUGUAAGACUGCACAUUACUAUUUGAAAGUUGGCAGUAUCUUGUUUCUUUUUUGUAUAUUAGGGGUUUGUUGUUGUUGCUGUAGGGCAUAGUUUGUUUGAUAGUUGAUAUUUUUGUAAAUGGCCUUGUAUUUUAACAAGCCUCUAAUUGUUUAUAAAUGGUUAAUUGAAUGAGAUUUGUAUGAGGUAAACAA